GCGUCUAACUGUGUGUACAUAGACUGCCACUCCACGCGACCUGGUAGGUCACUUAUCCCUGUGUUGACCCAGAUGUCUCGACUCAGUAUAAUGGCGGACUAUAUUAUCAGAGAUGCCCGAGUUGAAGAUUGUGGCGAGAUAUUCCUAAUGUUAAAGGAACUCCAUGAACAUCUCAAGGUCCUGGACCACAUGACGCUGGAAGAGGAGGCUCUGAAGAACGAUGGCUUCGGUGAAGACAAAUUCUUUCAAUGUAUCGUGGCCGAAGAGAAACCGUCGGGAGAAGAUAAGCCAGCACUGGUAGGGUACUUGUUGUACUUCUGGGCGUACACCACCUCCGCAGGCCGAAUGAUGGUUGUACAGGAUUUUUAUGUUCGUCAAACCUACAGGACGCAAGGGACGGGCUCGGCACUGUGGGCCCAUGCCACCAAGGUUGCCCUAGAGAAGGGAUGCAGGAAAGUAGAGUGGAUAGUCCACGAUUGGAACGUACAGGCAAUAAAGUUCUACAAGAAGUUGGGAGGUGUGGAUAUGUCUAAGGGCGAAGGUUGGCUGGUGUACAGGCUUGAUGUUAAUGCCAUGAGAUCUGUAGUAGCCACAGACACAGUAAACAAACAGUAACGUGCAGACAGAACACCCCCUUCAGGAACUCCGUGUUCAGUCAUGUGUGGAGUGACGAAUGUUCCUUACACACAUCGUUCACAGUGUGUUGAACAGGUUCAUGUGUGGUAUUACUCUUCGUAUAGACGUGUUUGGGGAGCACAUUAGACAGUACAUCAGUAAGCGUAAAAUUAAUGCAUUAAUGAUUUGUAAAUAUAUGUAGAGGCUGGAUAUUUUGCCCCAGUUCUGAAUACCCGGCUUUUUACAAAUUGUAAAAUAGGGGGCUCAAGGUACGGGUUCUAUGGAUUCCACAGCAACAGCUUUUAGCCAAUCACCUGGGGCCAUGUGGUCACAUGACAAGGACAUGUUUACAUCCGGUGCAGCCAUUUUGUAAUGCAACCGGAAGAGUGCUGAAGAGUGCUGAGGAUAGCCGAACAUAACCAAAAAAUAAGAUGUGCAUCCCAGUGCAGAGAUCAAGAGUCGCCAGUGGGCGGGUUUGCCCCUAAAUACUUUCAGAUUGUACCAGGGUGCUUUGAUUGAGCACAUGGUUUAGAAACAAAGACAAUGAUACAGCCACGUUUGAAGU